CUUUGCGUUCUUCAAAAAAUGAUAUGCGAACGAGCUCUUGGACGGGGAUUGUGCAACCUUCUCCGCUCCGGCGAGCUCUGUUCCUCUCUUUCUAUUUAGCUGCCUGGUGGUGGUUGCGAUUCUCUAAUCGGGCUGUGAAUUGUUUCAACCUCUUCCUCUGGUUCCCCAAUGGUCGAUGGUUGAGCGGCAGCGAUCAAAGAUCUGGGGGCGGUUGAAGGAGGUCAGGAAACCCCAACCCCAAAGCACAAACCCUGGUGAGCCGGGAAAGAGGACAGGGAGCAGAAGACUAUGGAACCUUCAUUUAGACUACCAUCUGCACUUCCCCUUCCCUACCAUCACCAUCAUCACAUAAUCCCCUGUCCUGUCCACCACCACCAUCAUCUCAUACCCUGCCGUCACCACCAUUACCACCAUGCCGUCCCUACAAACUCUCAUCUAUGCCCCAGCUUUCUCUUCCCACAUCCUCCUGCGCAAAUCCCCCAACCCGGACCGAAUUUUCCUUUGCAAAAUAAUUUCAACUCAGACCCAUCUGCCGUGUUCGACAAAGCUCAACACUCUUGCAAUCUGAUAUUCCAAGAGCAGGGGGAGUUCGAACAUGCAGACGAGGAGGAAGAAGAAGAGGAACCGGUUUUUGUUCUAACUGAGGAGUGGAGGGAGUUCUUUGCAAAAUCCGAGGCAAAGAGAAAACAAGAGAAGAAACAAGCUAAGAAGAAAUAAGCUAAAUGGUGAGGUUAGAAACAAUUUUGUAGCACAUGAUCUGCUUCCAUGAUAAGUGGAUGCCUUCCUAAAGAUCUCUCACAGAUUUGGCAUAUGUACGUUUAUGAAUCAAUGAUAAUGAGGCUUGUAUUACUUCCCAGCAAAGUGGAAUGUCAUUCUCUAUUCCUAAUCCUAUGAAGAUUUGGUAAACAGUUAGUUUCAAUAGUACAUAUUUUGAGAAAUGUUUAAGUACAACAAUCUUAGCUAAACUUUUAAACAAGAUGAGCUUGUUGAGAAUGAGAAUCCUGCCCACUGCCCUAUUUAAUUACCAAGAGAAUGAGUAAAAUCCAUGUAGUUGAAAUUCUCCCUUUUACACAUUAAUUUCAAUUUCAAAAUGAGUUUCAGUUGUGUCCCUUUGCCAUUGCAUCUAUGAUGCCACUGCAUCUCUUUCAGAUUGUCAAUGCCAAUGAAGCCUCUAUAGACUACUCUCCCUCGUUUAGUCAUCGGCCCUGCAAACAACUCUGCAAUCGUAUCUCCCCUGUGAUUUUUCAUAUCUCUCUUGAUAUCAGGAUAUUUCUUUAUGUGCUUUACAUUGAAGAUCCCUGUGCACAUUCAUUAUUAUUUUACCCCUCCCAUUCACACUGUAAAGCACACCCUUUCUCUUAUCACUUUCCAUACAACAAAAGAUAAGUGUGAGUUUUGGUGUCUGUGGCUGGUUUUAGAAAGUGUCUUUUUAUAGCUUUUGCGUGAGAUUUGUGGGUUAUGAUUAUGAUUUGGUGCCUGUGCGUUGGUUAUUUGAGGCAAUUUGUAUUUGUGCGCAUGAGAUGGUGUUUCAUUUUUCCAUUCAGAAAUUUGUUGUUUGGAUUUGUUUGGUUUAAGACCGUAUGACACUGGAUUUUUUUGGUCUGGAAAUCAAUUUUUAUUUUAUAU